UUCAAUUUCGUAUUGAAAAUACGUAGAGUAAUAAAGCAGUUUAAGGUAAUAAUGCAAACAAUUGACCUUUGAAUGUUGGCAAUAAUGUUUGCACCUUAACGUUAAGUCUUUUGGGAGUUUUAUGACCACUUGGCAGCUUGAGAGGGCAAAGUCUGACCGCUGCGAUGUUUUCCUCGCUUCUAGAGACCGCUAAAAAUAGUCAAAUUUGUUCCCCUUUCCAUGUCCGCUGUGAAUCUGGUCAAGGUGAAAGUCGGUCAAUGGAUUUAAAAACUAGUAUUGUUCCCGGUAGAAUAAUUUCUGCCGCUUCAACAGCAGAUCAAGCUACUGUUGAAUAUGGUACAAUGAAAUAUUACGCAUUAUGUGGCUUUGGUGGAAUUCUGAGUUGUGGAAUAACACAUACUGCUGUAGUACCAUUAGAUUUAGUUAAAUGUCGAAUCCAGACAGAUCCUGCUAAAUACAGAAGUAUUUUUAAUGGAUUUGCAGUCACUAUAAGGGAAGAUGGUAUGCGUGGUCUAGGGAAAGGUUGGGCCCCAACAGCUAUUGGAUAUUCUUUGCAAGGCUUAGGAAAAUUUGGUUUCUAUGAAAUAUUCAAAAAUAUUUACAGCAAUCUUUUAGGAGAGGAGCUGUCUUAUACAUGGAGAACAUCAUUAUAUUUGGCUGCCAGUGCAUCUGCUGAAUUCUUUGCAGAUAUUGCAUUGUGCCCAAUGGAAGCAGUUAAAGUUCGUAUUCAAACACAGCCUGGCUGUCCUCCUAUGUUAAGGAAGGUUGCUCCUGCUAUUUACAAAGACGAAGGAUUAAGAGGAUUUUACAAAGGGAUAUCUCCUUUGUGGAUGAGACAGAUUCCAUACACCAUGAUGAAAUUUGCAUGCUUUGAAAGGACAGUGGAAGCAUUGUACAAAUAUGUUGUACCAAAGCCUAGAGACGAGUGUUCCAAACCAGAACAAUUAAUUGUAACUUUUGCUGCUGGAUACAUAGCUGGAGUUUUCUGUGCAAUAGUGUCACAUCCAGCUGACACUGUAGUCUCAAAAUUGAAUCAAGAUAAAGGUAGUACAGCUAUCGAAGCUGCGAAAAAGUUAGGAAUGAAAGGUUUAUGGAAAGGACUGACACCCAGAAUCAUUAUGAUUGGUACACUUACUGCAUUGCAAUGGUUUAUUUAUGAUGCUGUUAAAGUAUGGCUUGGUUUGCCUCGUCCUCCACCACCAGAAAUGCCAGAAAGUCUGAAAAGAAAACUAGCCGAACAACAAAAAUAAUUUUUCUUCUCUUAGAAAUCAUAAGUUUCAUUUUAUGGUUGCACUUAUUUUGUAUUGCUUAUAAAAAUAUGAAUCAAGAUCAUUAAUAAUACAGAAUUUUUAUGUAUAAAUAGUUACUCUCCAAGAAAUUUUGCAUAUUCUAGAAUUCUUUUGCUGUAAAAAAUCAUAGUUUGAAUUCAAUUAUGAAUAAAAACUUUUCACUUUCA